AUGAGACAACCGUAUUCUUACGUCGUGCGUGGUGGGAGACGGGCGAGGCAAGCGAAGUGUAGCGUAGGUGUUAUAUUCGAGCUAACUGUUAAUUCUAUCUAUCUAUCUAUCUAUCUAUCUAUCUAUGUCUUUUCAUAUCUGGGUAUCUUUCUAUUUAUCUACCAACUAUUUCUUACUUAUAUGUUUUAUAUCUAUCUAUCUAUCUAUCUAUCUAUCUAUCUAUCUAUCUAUCUAUCUAUCUAUGUCUUUUCAUAUCUAUCCUAUCUAUCUUCUAUUUAUCUACCAACUAUUUCUUACUUAUAUGUUUUAUAUCUAUCUAUCUAUCUAUCUAUCUAUCUAUCUAUCUAUCUAUCUAUCUAUCUAUCUUUUCAUAUCUACCAACUAUCUUUCUAUUUAUCUACCAACUAUUUCUAUCUAUGUUAUAUGUUUUAUAUCUAUCUAUCUAUCUAUCUAUCUAUCUAUCUAUCUAUCUAUCUAUGUCUUUUCAUAUCUGGGUAUCUUUCUAUUUAUCUUUUACCAACUAUUUCUUCUAUUUAUAUGUUUUAUAUCUAUCUAUCUAUCUAUCUAUCUAUCUAUCUAUGUCUUUCAUAUCUGGGUAUCUUUCUAUUUAUCUACCAACUAUUUUUAUUUAUAUGUUUUAUAUCUAUCUAUCUAUCUAUCUAUCUAUCUAUCUAUCUAUCUAUCUAUGUCUUUUCAUAUCUGGGUAUCUUUCUAUUUAUCUACCAACUAUUUCUUACUUAUAUGUUUUAUAUCUAUCUAUCUAUCUAUCUAUCUAUCUAUCUAUGUCUUUUCAUAUCUGGGUAUCUUUCUAUUUAUCUACCAACUAUUUCUUACUUAUAUGUUUUAUAUCUAUCUAUCUAUCUAUCUAUCUAUCUAUCUAUCUAUCUAUCUAUCUAUCUAUGUCUUUUCAUAUCUGGGUAUCUUUCUAUUUAUCUACCAACUAUUUCUUACUUAUAUGUUUUAUAUCUAUCUAUCUAUCUAUCUAUCUAUCUAUCUAUCUAUCUAUCUAUGUCUUUUCAUAUCUGGGUAUCUUUCUAUUUAUCUACCAACUAUUUCUUACUUAUAUGUUUUAUAUCUAUCUAUCUAUCUAUCUAUCUAUCUAUCUAUCUAUCUAUCUAUCUAUGUCUUUUCAUAUCUGGGUAUCUUUCUAUUUAUCUACCAACUAUUUCUUACUUAUAUGUUUUAUAUCUAUCUAUCUAUCUAUCUAUCUAUCUAUCUAUCUAUCUAUCUAUCUAUCUAUCUAUGUCUUUUCAUAUCUGGGUAUCUUUCUAUUUAUCUACCAACUAUUUCUUACUUAUAUGUUUUAUAUCUAUCUAUCUAUCUAUCUAUCUAUCUAUCUAUCUAUCUAUCUAUCUAUCUAUCUAUCUAUGUCUUUUCAUAUCUGGGUAUCUUUCUAUUUAUCUACCAACUAUUUCUUACUUAUAUCUAUCUAUCUAUCUAUCUAUCUAUCUAUCUAUCUAUCUAUCUAUCUAUGUCUUUUCAUAUCUGGGUAUCUUUCUAUUUAUCUACCAACUAUUUCUUACUUAUAUGUUUUAUAUCUAUCUAUCUAUCUAUCUAUCUAUCUAUCUAUCUAUCUAUCUAUCUAUGUCUCUUCAUACUUUUAAUUUUCUUUUUCUUUCUUUCUUUCUUUCUUUCUUUCUUUCUUUCUUUCUUUCUUUUCUCCCUACCUCUCUCUAUACAGUGCUUGAUUCAUUUUCCUUUGUUUUAUAUUUGGCCGUUCAAUUCAUUCUUUUAUUUUUCUUCUACUUUCUUUCAUUUUACUUCUUUCUUUCUUUUUCGUUCUUAUUUUCUUUUUUAUAUUUCUUUCUUUUUUUUCAUUCGUUGUUUAUUCCUUUGAUCCUUUCUUUCUUCCUAAGUUUUUAUCUUUCUUUCUUUCUUUUGAAUCUUUCAUCAUCUCAUCGGCUUCUUUCCAUUCUUAUUUUUUGUAAUUUUUCUUUCUCAUUUUUCCUUCAUUCAUCCCUUAAUUUCUCUUAUCUAAAGGUUUUCACUAUGCAAUCUAUCUAUCUAUCUAUCUAUCUAUCUAUCUAUCUAUCUAUCUAUCUAUCUAUCUAUCUCUCGAGGCAUCAGUACGAAUUUUUAAUAAAAUAUCGGAGUCAUGAUGACCUGAGAAAAUAUCUAUCUAUCUAUCUAUCUAUCUAUCUAUCUAUCUAUAUCCAUAACAUAUCUACCUAG